AUGGCCGACCACCACGAUGAUGAUCUCGCCGCCCAGAAGACCGAGGGCUUCAAGGUUGGCGAGAAGAAGACGUUGCAGGAGUACCAGGAGCUUGACAAAGAAGAUGAAGCGAUGAACCGCUGGAAGGCCUCCCUGGGUCUGAACUCUGGCGAGCCCAUCGGCCAGCCCAAUGAUCCCAAGUGCGUGAUCAAGUCGCUCGCCCUGGUUACUGCCGGACGCGAGGAUGUCGUCGUCGACCUAUCUUCUCCCGGCGCUGUGAACAGUCUGAAGAACAAGCCAUUCACCAUCAAGGAAGGAGCCAAGUUCCACAUCAAGGUUGUCUUUCAAGUCAAUCACGAGGUCCUUAGUGGCCUCAAGUAUAUCCAGGUGGUCAAGCGCAAGGGUAUUCGUGUGAGCAAGGAUCAGGAGAUGCUUGGCAGCUAUGCCCCCAACACCACUCACAAGCCCUCUUAUACCAAGGAGUUCAACGAGGAAGAAGCCCCCUCCGGCAUGCUUGCCCGCGGUCACUACAAUGCGGUCUCCACGUUUGUCGAUGACGACGAUACCACCCACCUGCUGUUUGAAUGGUCCUUUGACAUCGCCAAGGACUGGUAA